AUGAACUCGCAUGUUAAACAUUCUGAUGAUGCAAAGUUUUUCCCGCGUACCCAGAUCAACAACCAAUGUCCCGAUCCUAGGAUGAAGUUUGUAAUGGAGAAAUUGAUCCAGCACCUCCAUGCGUUUGCCAAAGAAGUCAACUUACAAACAGACGAGUGGCUAGCUGGGAUCCGCUUUUUGACUGAAACUGGGCAAAAGUGUUCGGAUGUUCGACAAGGCAAGGCACGUCCAGAAUUCAUCCUCCUUUCAGACAUCCUUGGUUUAUCUACCCUGGUUGAUGGUUUAUCGAAUUCCAAGCCUCCAGGAUGCAGCGAAUCGACCGUCUUGGGCCCGUUCCACACCGAGGACGCCCCGCCAACCGAGCAGGGUGGAAGUAUAGUCUCCUCAUCCGGCGGGAAGAAGAUGGUCGUCGAGGGCAUGGUCAAGAACCAAAAUGGCGAAGGGAUUGCAGGUCAGGCUUUACCGUUAGAAGAAACCGACGAGAACGGAUUUUACGACGUACAAAACGCUGACCGUAAGGGCCCUGAUAACCGCGGUAUCAUCACAACAGAUGGCUCUGGUAAAUACCAGUUUGAGGCGAUCGUACCCAUGGCAUACCCAAUUCCGACAGAUGGUCCCGUUGCUGGGCUGUUGAAGACGCUUCAUAGACAUUGCUUUCGCCCGGCUCAUAUUCACUUCAUGAUCAAAGCCGAUGGCUACGAGUCACUCACCACCUCGCUGUACAUCAAGGGAGACCCGUUCAUCGGCUCUGAUGCCGUGUUCGGUGUUAAGAAUUCGCUAAUAGUCGAUGUUUCAGAGAACUCUCCAGACGCCACACAUCCUACCAAAUGGUGGGGGUUGAAAUACGAUUUCAUCUUGCCAACCAGGCAAGAAGCUGAGAGCCUUAAAAGUUCAAUCCUCUCAAUGAAAGAUUUGGCAGCUAGGUAG